AUGGAAGCUGAUUUGCAUAAUGUCAUCAAAAAGAUGACGAUUUUGAAGGACGUCCACAAGCAGUACAUAAUGUGUCAGCUAUUCCGAGCGAUUCGCUUUUUGCACAGCGGAAACGUGCUCCAUAGAGGACAUGUGUUGGCAAUGGCUGUGGGCGCUCCGUAUUUUCUGGAGGAGCAGAUUCCGUCUCGCGGAUCGUCAUUGGUCAAGCGGUAG